AUGGCAUCCAACCCAAUCGUCUUGAUCACCGGAGCCAACACCGGACUAGGCUACGAAACUAUAAGAUCCCUGUUGCAGUCCUCCAAAACAUACACUAUCCUGCUGGGAGGCCGGAACCUCGACAAGGCCAACGCCGCGGCCAAGGAGCUUCAAGCGGAAUUCGCCCAGAGCCCUAGCGUUAUCAAGACCAUCCAGGUGGACAUUGAGGACGACGACUCCAUUGCCAAAGCGUACGAGCACGUCACCGGCGAAUUUGGCCGUGUUGAUAUCUUGAUUAAUAACGCAGGAGCUUCAUUUGACCAAGACCUGGCCCUCGGGAAGCUUUCCGUGCGAGAAGCGUGGAACAAGUCAUGGGACGUCAACGUCACCGGGACUUGGAUCAUGACGCAUACCUUUGCACCGUUACUCCUCAAGUCGGCAGACCCAAGACUCAUCUUCAUCGCGAGCGGCACCUCGACGCUGACCGAGUCUGACAACCGAGCCCUCAAAGUUAACAGCGUCCCUGAAAAGGGCUGGCCCAAGCAGGGCCCGUCAGUCGUCGCCUAUCGAUCCAGCAAGACCGGUAUGACCAUGAUGAUGCGCGAAUGGCAUAGGCUCCUGACUGUAGACGGAGUCAAAGUCUGGGCGGUCUCGCCUGGCUUUCUCGCCACUGGCCUGGGCGGGAACCAGGAGUUGCUUAAGAAGAUGGGCGCUCUGGAUCCAACUAUCGGUGCGAAUUUGCUGCGAGAGGUGGUCGAAGGUGGCCGUGACCAGGACACUGGUAAGGUGGUCCGUCGCGACGGCAUUCAGCCAUGGUAG